AUGGGAAGACCUGGCCUCCCGGGGGACAAAGGUGCCAUUGGGAUGCCUGGACGUGUGGGAAUAAAGGGCCAACCAGGUGAGAAGGGGGCCCCAGGAGAUGCUGGGAUGUCGAUCAUCGGUCCCCGUGGCCCCCCUGGUCAGCCAGGCACCCGAGGUUUUCCUGGAUUUCCGGGUCCCAUUGGGCUAGACGGAAAACCGGGCUACCCUGGACCAAAAGGGGAGAUGGGCCUGACGGGUCCCCGAGGACAGCCGGGACCUCAAGGAGAAAAAGGAGAAAAGGGUCAGUGUGGAGAGUACCCACACCGGCUGCUGCCUCUCCUCAAUUCAGUGCGACUGGCUCCACCCCCAGUCAUAAAAAGGCGGACCUUCCAGGGUGAACAGGGCCAGGCCGGCAUCCAAGGCCCACCAGGGCCACCGGGCCCCCCUGGACCGAGUGGACCUCUGGGGCAUCCAGGACUACCAGGGCCCAUGGGACCACGUGGCUUUCCUGGGCCUCCUGGACCAAAGGGAGACCCCGGCAUCCAGGGCCACCACGGCCGGAAGGGAGAACGGGGCAUGCCAGGGAUGCCGGGCAAACACGGAGCAAAGGGGGCUCCUGGCAUCGCGGUGGCUGGAAUGAAGGGUGAACCAGGGACCCCAGGAGCCAAGGGUGAGAAGGGGGCUGUGGGCUCCCCUGGGCUACUCGGCCUCCUGGGGCAGAAGGGAGAGAAAGGCGAUGCUGGCAACUCCAUUGGAGGAGGCGGAGGGCAGCCCGGGCCCCCAGGGCUCCCCGGGCCCCCAGGGCCGAAGGGAGAAGCUGGUGCAGACGGCCGGGCCGGCCCCCCUGGACAGCAGGGAGACAAGGGGGACCCUGGAGCACCUGGAGAACAGGGACCAGCUGGCCCCCAGGGCUCCAAGGGGGAACCAGGGAAAGGAGAGGUGGUGGACUGCAAUGCCAGCAUCAACGAGGCUCUCCAGGAGAUCCCGACGCUGACCUUGAUUGGGCCCCCUGGUCCUCCUGGACAAAUCGGCCCUCCUGGAGCUCCGGGAACUCCAGGCCAGAAGGGGGAGAUUGGACUGCCAGGCCCUCCAGGACUUGAUGGAGAAAAGGGUCCUCGAGGCAAACCAGGAGACGUGGGCCCUCCUGGUCCCCAAGGCCCUCCAGGAAAGCCAGGGCCUGCAGGAAUAAAGGGAGACGACGGACACCCGGGGAGCCCAGGAGAGAAGGGGGAAAAAGGGGAGACGGGGCAGGCUGGCCCACCGGGUCUAGAUGGCCCAACUGGGGAGAAAGGAGAACCAGGUGGCCAAGGGAGACCUGGAGCAACAGGAUUGCCUGGCCCAAUCGGGCUCCCAGGAUUUACAGGAGAGAAAGGAGAGCCUGGGGAAAAGGGUGAUCCAGGAGUAGAGGUUCCUGGGCUGCCGGGGCCGGAGGGGCCGCCCGGACCUCCGGGGCCCCAAGGCAUUCCUGGACCAAAGGGAGAAGCAGGCCUAGAUGGAGCAAAAGGAGAGAAGGGUGUCCAGGGAGAAAAAGGAGACCGAGGUCCUCUGGGAUUGCCCGGUACUCCAGGACCAAUUGGAGUUCCAGGCCCCGCGGGACCAAAGGGCGAGAGGGGCAGCAAAGGCGACCCUGGAGUGACAGGACCAACGGGAGCAGCUGGGCUUCCUGGUUUGCACGGACCACCCGGGGACAAAGGAAACCGGGGGGAGAGGGGGAAGAAAGGCUCUAGAGGGCCUAAAGGGGAUAAGGGAGACCAAGGAGCGCCUGGACUAGAUGCCCCCUGUCCGUUGGGCGAAGACGGCUUACCAGUCCAGGGCUGCUGGAACAAGGGUCAGAGUCGAUGGUUAAUCGCCAAGAAGUGAAACCAGGCGGCACAGAGCCCUGGGG